AUGAAAUUUAAAGCUACCAUACUCUUGUUAUAUUCUAGCAUUGCAUUCAUCAACAUUCCUUUCGUAGAAUCGCUGGCUCUACGAAAAGGAUGGCAUUCAGUUCACACAAAAAUUGAUGCUGUGUUUAAUGUUACACAGUUCAUGAACUGUGUAAAUAUUAAUGGUACAAUUAUCAACUUAUGGGAAACAGAAGUUGGAGAAUACCUUGUAACACCUGCUAACUUAGAAGUAUUUGAAUUAUUUAAAUGGUUAGACUGCACGGACGAGCAGGAUAUAGGAGACUUAUUAGUGGUAGCCAUGAGCGAAAAAAAGGGUGGAGGAAAUCCUAAGAUAAAAACCCGAAUUAUAUUAAGAAAACUGAAAUUCCUGCAUAUAAGCAAUAUAUUCUUAGGUGUUUGUAUUUUAGCGGUAGUCAGUCAACAAUCUGGGUUUAGUGGUGUAGCGGCUAUCACGUUUCGUUUACAGGUGUUAUACACAUUAAACGAGGGGUGCGCUACCAUCCGUCUAAACUUUGCGGCUGUGAAAUUAUUUGUCUAG